AUGGCUGGUGCACAGGGACUGACUGGCUUCUCCUUGAUUUCGUUUGUAGUGAUGGAGACUUCCCUGGGGAUGAAUACGUCCCUUGGAUUGCAACCUCUAAGCCAAACAUUUUGUCUCCCACAAACUCCAGAAUUCCCCAAGUCUUGUAGUGGCAGCAAUAUCCAGAUGCUUGACAGUAACCCACCACCUGAGCUUGGGGACAUGUCAAUGGCAGCUCCAGUCCAGAGUCCUAGUAUUUACCUGGCACUGCCUCCAGCUCCAAGCCAGGAACAGAAAGAGAAUAGGAAUCUGGAUGCUUACCAGAUCCCCACAGAAAACCAAGAUCCUCCACUGCUCCCUUUAGAAAUCCAAGACAUUCCCCAGCUCCUGGCGUGCAUUGAUCCCCUUGGCCAGGAGCAGCAGCCUGGUUGUGAAAACGCUGGUCUGGGAAAGAACAGCCUGAGUCUUAAGGACCAGGGGACACUUGAAAAUGGGACUGAAUCCAAUGAUGGCUUUGCAGACAUCGCUACACUGGUGGAGGAUAUACACCUUCCACUGAUCUUAAAUUCCUUGGAUGAACUUGAUCAAGCCAAAGGUCCCAAGGUGAUCAAAACCAAAGAUGCCAGAGCCAUCAAUUUGAAUGAGGUGCAGAAACAGUCAAGUGUCAUCAAUGCUCGCUCUGAUCAAGCCAGGAAGAACAAACAUAAAGCCUCUGAGCUGAUCAGUGGUGAGCCCAUGGUCAAAAUGCAGCCUGGGAGCCCAGACUGCGUGUUCGUGGGAGAAGUGGCUGUUUCCAAAGCUGCAGCCAGUGACAGGGCUCCUGAAAACAGGGCCAAGAAUUCUAACAAACCUCAGAAAGCUGCCCCCAGCAGGACCAGCAAAACAAAGAACCAUGGGCAAGAAAAGACCAAAAGAACAAAAGAAAACCACUCCAGGAAAACUGAAGAGAGUAAGCAGUCAGGGAACAAUGUCAAGGCAGAGGAGAAGCCAAACAUUCCAAAGAUGAAGCGGAAGAAAAACCAACCUGAGCUGACCCAAGAGACCUUCAAAAAGCCCCGAAGCUCCCUAGGGAUGCAUAUGCUGGAGUCUGUGCAGGUUUUUCAUGCCCUGGGGAAGAAGAGUGAUAAGAAAACUGAACUCUCUUCCUCCCGGGCCCUGGGAAUCUCAAGCAACCCCAAAGGCCCCCAGCCAUCCCUAGCUAUCAAACAAUGGCUGGAUACCCCUUGUGAGGGCAAAGGUCCUGAGAAAACUCAAGUCAAACGCCAGAAACCAGAUGGCAGUGCUGAAAAAGAGUGUUCAUCUCCAUCUGAAUACGAGCUGCCACCACCUGGGAAGGUCAAGUUGGUACCUUUGAUUUUUCCAACUUUGGACAAGCCUCAAGCUCGACCUGUUCCUCGCAGGCCAUUGUCUCUGGUAUCACGUCGGCCUGCUGGGGCUAACCCAGCCCACCCUGCUUCUAAGUCAGCUCAGCCUGCUGCAGCCAAUUCAUCGAAGCCAACUUCUGCAUCUAUGACAGGUCCUUCCAGACCAGCUCUGCCAAUUUCAACCAAUCCUGAUCAGCUUGGUUCUAAUGCAGCUCAACAUGCUGCAGUCAAUUCAUCCCAGCCAACUGCAGCAUCUAUGAUAGGUCCUGCCAGACCAGCUCAGCCAACUUCAACCAACCCUGCCAGGCCUGGUUUUAUGUCAGCUCAACUUACUGCAGUCAAUGCAUUCCAGCCAACUCCUGCAUCUUUGACAGGUCCUGCCAGACCAGCUCUGCCAAUUUCAACCAACGCAGCCAGACCAGGUUGGACCAACCCCACCCGGCCUAGUGUCCCACAGUGUGAUGCUUCUAGGCCUGUUCCCUACAAAACAUCAACUCGCACUUCUUUCCAAGUGGAUCCAGUCGCACUGCUGUGA